AUGAGGACUCAUCGCCAUAGCUACGAGGACCCCAACGACGAUACUGAAGAAGAGCUCUCUGAUAUUCCUUCGGAUUUCGACGAACCAGAUGGUACGAAAAACCUACGGACUAGAGUAGUCGAUCGAUGGCAUCGGUAUUGCCGGAUGAAAGCCUUCCAAGAAUCCGCUGGAUCCAUAUGGCAGCACCCAGAACGCGCUCUACAGGCUGCAUCUGCGAAUUGCCUGUACCGGUUCCUUAAUUGGACUACUAAACUUGAUCGUGGUAAGAAUGGUCGAAAACUGAGGCGCUACAGAAAGGCCAACGCUUUCAAAUCCGAUUGGAAGUACUUCCGCGGCUAUUAUCAGAAGGUGAAGGGACAGAAGAUGGAUCGAGGAAUGGCGAAGAGACUUCGAACAGGUAUACGGAGCAUCAUCAAAAAGAACAGAUACGAUACACAACCUCGUCCUAAUGAGCCGAUGUAUAUUGAGGAUAUGGUUCCCUUCAAUGAAACGAUUCUCACAACUCGAAAGAAGCGAUUCUACCUGGGUAUCCAGCGGAUUAUGUUGUGCCUUGCUUUAAUGCUGGGGUUGUUUACUGCCAGUCGAAAACAAGCGAUCCUAAGACUUCAAUAUAAACACUUACGCGUCACUCUGCAAAAAGACCCGCAUGGAGGGCCACCCGUGAUUUCCAUUGAUAUCCGGCCUGAAUAUAUAAAGCAGCUCCUAGGAGUAAAGGAUCUAAACGAGUUCUCUUUCCCCGAAAUCAUAUAUGGAGUUUCAUUGGUCUUUAGUCCGCAUGUUUUUAUCCUGGGCUUGUUGUUCCACGCAGAUGCUUUUGCGCCUAAUGUGAAAUCAAUGGACGAACUUCGCAGUCUCUUUAUCAGACGUAGCUUUCAGCAGCUAGAGAUACCACUGAAGAACGAAAUGGAUGAGUAUUAUCUGUUCUGCGACGUCAAAGUGAUCAAGGGGAAGCCCACGAUCAUUCGCGAUCAGCGAAUGUCCGAUAGUACCUAUUACUCAGCGAUGCGAUCCAUUUCAGAGAUCAUGGGUCUUCUGAAUUCUUUUUUCUUUCAUCAAUUUCGCUACGGGACGGGCGAAAUACUAGAUUCGACUGGAUGGGUUAGUGAUGCUCAACGAAAUCUAAUUAUGAACCAUGAUAACACUCAGACAUUUCUCGACUAUUACCGUCCAAGGCGUCAUGUGAACAUGCAGGAGGCUGUACUGGGGCUGACCCCAGACAAAGAAUGGCAGCGGGCUCUGACAAGUAGUUCCCGAUUCAAGGAUCCCGAACGUCCCCGCUAUCUGGACGCUGAUGCCAAAGCCUUGGUUGAGCAAGACCCCGAUUUGCAGACCGCUAUUCGAGAACGCAACAAACUAGAGGAUGAGUACGAAAUUUAUUCAAAUACAGACUUGCUUCCCAUGUUACAAGAAGCAGAACGUGAGGUUACCAACGCUCGUCAACGGGCCCGGUAUAAGCAGAAGAAAAUCAUGAGACAAGGAUAUAGUAGGAAGCGGGCCAUUGCGGAAAUCAAUGAGCAGCUUUCUGGCGCCAUCCAACCGGAUGACGAUGAUUCUAGCUCUAUAAUGGAUGAUGGAAAUGACGACCUUCCUCCGAUUCAAGCCAAGGUUAUCGAAGCCAUACUGGCUGUUCCUGUCGAGUGGACACUGGAGGGGGAAUGGCAGCGACGCAACAGGACCGUCCACACAAUUAUUCCCUAUUGCGACUAUGAAGAAGGGGGUCCUCUUCGGGGCCGGCCGAAGAGAAAGCGGCCAUCUAAUGACGUUGAUGAACCUGCUGAGAGCCGUCAUUAUGAAGAACAAGAAGUUAAGGAAACCAGUGAGGGAAAACAUAUAAAAAAUCCCAAGUAUAAGCAGAAGCAGGAGGAGGAAGUUUGGGUCUGUUUUCAGUGCGGAAAAGAAUACGCUCAGAAAAGCAGUCUCCUCCGUCAUUUCCGGCCGGCUCAUUUGAAUGACCGUCAGUGUAACUCCUGCAACGACGGUUGGGAGCAUCUCGAGCAGAUGCAUUGGCAGCGCCAUAUAGAAGCAGUUCAUCAUCUUCGUACUUGA